AUGGUAACGCAGAGCAAGGCGUGUGGAGACGCAGCACACACCCUGGUCCUCACAGUCCCAGACCCUGGUCCUCACAGUCCCAGGAGACAGGACACAGGAGACAGGAGACAGGACACAGGACACAGGAGACAGGACACAGGAGACAGGACACAGGAGACAGGACACAGGAGACAGGAGACAGGAGACAGGACACAGGAGACAGGAGACAGGAGACAGGACACAGGAGACAGGAGACAGGACACAGGAGACAGGAGACAGGAGACAGGACACAGGAGACAGGAGACAGGAGACAGGACACAGGAGACAGGACACAGGAGACAGGACACAGGAGACAGGACACAGGACACAGGAGUCAGGACACAGGAGACAGGACACAGGAGACAGGACACAGGAGACAGGACACAGGAGUCAGGACACAGGACACAGGAGACAGGAGACAGGACACAGGAGACAGGACACAGGAGACAGGACACAGGAGACAGGACACAGGAGUCAGGACACAGGAGUCAGGACACAGGACACAGGAGACAGGAGACAGGACACAGGACACAGGAGACAGGACACAGGACACAGGAGACAGGAGACAGGACACAGGACACAGGACACAGGAGACAGGACACAGGAGUCAGGACACAGGACACAGGAGACAGGAGUUAG